AUGGCCCUCCUUAACCCGACCUUCAUCUUCGGCAUUCUAGUCCUCCUUUACCUGUCGUCGUUCGUUCUGUUCGCUGUCCUCCGCAUACUUACGGGGAUAUCCAUUCAGCGCAUUGGCUACUUCUCGCUCCGGCGGCUCGCCUACACGCCGCGCGAUGGCAUACGCAUCGAGAUCAGGGGCCUGGGCCUCAACGUCCACCGGCCCACCUUCGCCCAGCCGACGUGGUUGAGUAUUGUGGUGGACGAGUUUGCCGUCACGAUAGAUAUUGGAGAGCUGGAGAAGUCUAAGGCUGAGGGGCUCGCAUCCGCGGACGGGGACUCCGACUCCGACGUUGCCGAGCUAGAUCCCAAACCGACGACCCCCAGAACGCCACAGACGCCGAGGCCUGUCCGCCGCGAGAUCGACCCGGAUGAGCGGAGCAAGACAUGGAAACGGUUGACGAGGCUGAAGGAGCGCAUCAAGCGCCUUCACCGGAGCGUCGACUGGCUCCGGAUGGUGGACGUGGUGGCUACCAACUCAACUGUGAGCAUCGCGGGAGUGGGCAACAUGCAGAUGGGCAGCUUGACUGUUGCGGUGGACACACGGCGCAAGAUGGUGGAUCGCGCUCGUUUCUUCCUGCAGGGAAAGGCGGAGAAGGGACGGCACAACGAGCAAGCCGAAUGGAUCAUGACGCUCCGCAGUGUGCUAUUCAGUACGGAAGGCGGGGAGGCCCUAGAGGUCCUGGAUAGCGCUACCUUGAACAUCCACGGGUACCUGUACGAAGCGCUUGAUGGCCUUCGCGACACGGCCAUCGCCCUCAAGCUCGGCCGCCUCCAUAUCCCCUACGACGAUGUGCGCCAUAGCCUCGACCAAUACAAAAAGAUCAGAUCCCAGAUCGGGCAAGGCUAUGCCCAGCCUGAGCCCGUCGAUGACGUUGUUGACCGUGUGUUCCAGGAGCUUGACGUUCCGGGCAGCACCAACCGCGAGUUGAUGCAGACAGUGUCCGAUUCGAAGGAGCUUGUCAGCUCGGUUCUCAAAGGCAUCAAAGAAGUCCAGUUUGCCGUCAGCUACGUUGGGCUCACCAAGAAGAUCGACCGCGUCAGGCCCGCGGGUUCCCCGAUGCUUCUCACUGCUUCCAUGAAAGAAGUAGGCAUUGAUCUCCACCGACUAGAUCCGAAGUCGGCUGCGCAUAGGAUGUACUUCCCCUCCAAGGAUAUCGCCCACGAGGCAUUGGUUGCCGCACUGUCCAUUUCGAUCGGCCUCGAUGAUGGACACGGCAGACCCGAGCGCAUCAUGUACAUCCCCAUGGCGACCACGACUGCCAAGACCACACUUCCGUCGAAGACGGUAGAGCUGACGGAUGAGGGCACGGCUGAGCAGCGGAAUGCGAACAUCCUCUUUGCCAACUCUGUCGUGACAUCUCCGUCGGUCGACCUUGACCCGCGGCAUCUCCCUCUCCUUCUGGCGAUGCUGCAACGGAAUCCCAAACCGGCAAAGGCGCGCCCGCAACAACAGCGCCACAUGCUCAUCUCGCGACUCCUCCCCAAAGCGAACAUCAAAUUCUCCAUGCAUGAGCCGGUCUUAAGGAUUGCGCUUCCGCCUGUUCAGUCGUCGGCAGAUCCCGACGAGUUUGACCUUAUUAUCUCCUCCAUAUCCGCUGUGUCCUUGGACAUGGAGUCCUUCCAUUCAACGGUUGAGGCACUGCAUUAUUCACUGGCUGCGACCAUGAGAGUCCAAACGCACAAUCUGUACUACCAAACCUCCGCGGGGAGCCGAUUCGACCUCCUCGAGACGGAGAAUUUCGAUCUGAAAGUGCAGCUCAACGCGUCGCCAGACGUCCACGUCGUUGCCACUGGCAAUCUGGAAACCUUCACGCUGAGGAUGGUUCGGGAGGAGAUCCGUGACGGCCUGCGCCAGAUCGUACGCCAGCUGCGGCUCAAUGUCGAGCCAGACAAACGCGCCGUCUCCAGAACGCCCAAACAUUCCAACUUCCUGCGCGCGUUGCCCGCUUGGCUCCUUCAUUUCCAACUGCAGUGUUCAGACUGCAGCAUCGAGGUUGCGGGCGUGGACAAGGAUAUCUCGGAGGACUCGAAAGGUGUUGCCAUCCAGCUGGAAUCAUGGUCAGCGGAGUACCGUGCCCAGCGACUGGAAGGGCUGCAGCGACGGCCCUCUCGACGGAGAGCUAGCAGUCGUGGCAUGAUGUCUCCCGAAAGCGAGAUUCUGAAGGCUAUUCCAGCGUCCCCCAGGAAGAAAUACCACCACGAGGGCGACGGUCGCCGCAUAUCCCUGCACGCCCGCGGCUUCGAGGUCUUCAUGGUCGAGUCGGCAGAGAAGUGGGAAUUCGAGCCCUUCAUAAACGUGCCCAAGUUUGAAGUUGCGUUGUCCACGCUGAGCGACCACCAGGGCCCGGUGUUUCACAUCUACUCGCACAUCAGGACUCUUCUUGUCCAGUACUCCCUGUACCGCCACUAUGCCGUGGGCGUGGCCGUAUCGAGUCUGCGAAAGGCUUUCAUGAGGACCAGCAGGGAGCGGCCGGAGCCACCGGAGCCACCAAUGACUCCGCCCAUGUCGCCGCAGAGACGGGUAGUCGGUCACCUAUCGCCGCCUCCGGCCGGCGUGGUUCCCGAUAUUUCCUUGAACGACGUCGACUCCUGGUGGCCCACGCCCGAGCUGGUCGCUGUCGACGUCCGGGCCACGCUCAUCCAGGUCAAGGCCGACUUGCCUUCGGAACCGCCCGUGAUGCUCCACAUCUACAACAUGGAGGCCGGGCGCCAUCGAUGGUCGGCCCCGUUCCUGCAGGCGAAACUGACCCGUCUGUAUGCCGAAGCUCCCAGAAUGCGCAGGGUCUGGGCUCGGAUCGUCAGCGUCAAGAACCUCCGAGUGGACUACCGCGAGUCACGGCACAAGCUCACCGGCGGGGGUCUGCGCGAGGACCGCAUGUUUGAUGUCGUCUCGGAGAGCAUCCGGUUGGCCGUGCCUCACGAGAUGGUGAUCUACAAGAUUACGGAUAACUUUGUCACCACGCUCAAGUCUGUCCAACAGCUCCACCACCGGUUCAAGACCGGCACAAACGAGUAUAUUCUCGAUAAAGGACCGGAAGGUCCCAAGAACGUGCCAAAAGUCUCCUUCCGCACUAAGAGUUUCCUGUUCGAGCUGGAAGACGGCGCGUUCGAAUGGAAGCUGGGGGUCAUCUACCGCGCCGGCCUGGUCGAGAUGAUGCAGCGCCAGGCGCGUGAGGAGGCUUUCCGUGUCAAGGUCAAGAAGAUCCACGAAGAAGAAGCGAGGAAAGGGCUAGCUAAGAAGAUGCGCGCUCGGUCGGCGGCGCCGCAAGGCGGGCCUCCCAGUCCCGGUGCGUCCCAUGCCAGAAGCCGCAGCGCCGAUCGCCAACGGCGGUCCGCCAGUGUGGGACACAAGCGCGGCCGGGCACCGAGGUACGAUCCGGAGGCCGGUGCGCAAGCAAUCAGCGGAAGCGCUCGCGUCUCCAUCGCCGAGGCAAGGCACAAGCUGAACGUGCACAAUGCUCGGAGCUGGAAGCAACGCAUCGAUCAGCAGUAUGACAUGUCCAGGAAUGCAACCAAAGACAUCCGCUCGCAUUUCUGGGGUGCCGACGAAAUCCCCGAGGACUUGGACGACAACGAGAAGAUCCUAGAGGUUCCACAGCGGCCCGCGCUCAUGGCAGCGCUCAUCAACGACCUACAUAUCGUCGUCGACAAACCAUCCUUUCCGAUGAAGGAGCUUCCAAACUUCCUGCACAAGGUCGGAAAGGGCAUGCCGAGGGACAUGAAGUACGCGCUUCUCGUCCCUAUGAGCCUCCAAGUGAACCUGGGAGAAGCGAGAAUCACCCUCAGGGAUUACCCGUUGCCGUUCUUGCAUGUCCCGGCGACGAAGUCUGACCAGUCCGUUCGGCUUCCGGCCCUUGCUAUGACAACGGACUUUGUUAUCGCGGAGGAAUACCGCGGCCAAGAAUCUACCCGCAAGAUCAGGGUCCCGAUCGUGCCGCCACGCAACCCAGAUCCGAUUGCGUCCAACGAGGGGAGCUUUGCGGUCGAUGUGCGCAGGACGAUCGGGCCGGUCAAGACCUUCUCGGACAUGAGCAUCGACAUCCACACGGCCAACCCGACGCGGAUCACAUGGGGCCCGUCGUACCAGCCCGCGAUCCAAGACAUGAUGAUGGCCAUCGAGUCCAUGACGAAGCCGCAGCUUGAUCCUUCCGAGAGGGUCGGCUUCUGGGACAAGAUCCGGCUCAACUUCCACUCCCGCAUCAGAGUGGCUUGGCGGGGCGACGGCGAUGUCCACUUGGCAUUGAAGGGCAGCAGAGACCCGUACCAGAUCACGGGCAACGGUGCAGGGUUCCUCAUGUGCUUCCGGAACGACGUGAGGUGGAGCAUUAACACGGUGGACGACCCCAAGCGCUUCAUGAUUAUUGACAGCGGCGAGUACGUCCUGGCGGUCCCGGAUUACAGCCAUCAGGUCCACGAGGCACGCCGUCAACAUGGCGAGGACGAGAGCAUCACGAGCGACUCCAGCCUACAGCCGUCCCGCGCCUCCUUCAAAAAGGUGGUCGUGAAACUCUCGGGCAAAGUGCAGUGGCUGGCCGGCCUCGUCUUUGAGCGGGCGCUUGAGCACGGCAAUAGGAGCUUCGAGUUCAAGCCGCACUACGAGGUCGUGCUCAAGUCUCCGGCUCAUGCUCAUGCUCAACCGCAGGGCAGCAUUCCGUAUGACGCCUUCCGCGGGUUCCGCAGCCAGCACAUCCAUCUGUCAGUCGCCGUCCGGGCCCCGGUUGACCGGGAGUGGUCGGGGUCCAUCACCGAGCCGUCGCGCAGCUACAACACCGUCCACCUCACUCCCCGCUUCUUCACCCACUUCUACGCCUGGUGGUCUCUCUUCUCCGGGCCGCUCUCUCUCCCGAUCCGGCAAGGGUCUCUCUGGCCGGGCCGGGAGAAGAACAGCAAGAAGUUCGGGCGGCAUCUCGCUACCAUCAAAUACAACCUCAUGCUCGCGCCUUUGUUCCUCAGCCACAUAUACAAGCACAAAGAUGCCGAGGACUACUCCGAGAAUGCUGUUUCGGCGACGGGUAUCAAGGUCCGGCUUGACAGCUUCAUCCUCGACCUGCACCAGCGGCGCGAAGAGUUCAACACCCGAGACCGUGGCCGCAAGACGCAGACCAGGACGAGCGGCAUGAAGAUCCACGCCGGGCAGCUCGAUCUCGUGUCCGCAGACAUCCGCGCUGUCUCAGCCAGCAUCCGAGCAGCCACAACAGCAGAUGCCAUGCUGAGACAGUCCCUCUCAACCUUCAUCACGGACCAGGAAGGGGACGGCACGGACCUGUCUCGCUUCACGAUACCCGACAACGAUCUGACGUGGAUCGACAUGGACGACUUCGUGGAGCUGGAUUGGAUCCUGCCGACCGAGCCGAACCCGGACACGAAGAUCCUGCCGCUGGCCUUCGCCCCGCGCAUCACGUAUUUCCGCCAGACGGACAUCAACGGCGUGAUCGACGGCGAUCCAGACCGGACCAGCCCCUUCGGCAACGAGCCAACCCACUUCUGCGUCAUGAGCCAGGACGACGACCCCAGGAGGGUGCAGGCCCAGCUCAUCCGUCGGCGGCUGGAACAGCUAGACGAGCAGAUGGAGACGCACAAGCGGAACCUAGGCCAGAUUGAACUGCAGCUCAUCCGCGAAGACCUCGCCGGCGAAGACUCGGACCUCAGAACCGAGUUCGAGCUCCUAACCCGCCACACCGGGGUCCUCAACGGGAAGAAGGGAUUCCUGCAGGGCAUGCUGGACGAGAUGACGCCGCGCUCUCCCUCGGAUAGCCACGACGGCCGAGAGCCUACAGGCUAUGAUGAAGCAUCUCGCGCGUCACGGUCCGCUCAGAGCAUCCAGGGAUGCAUGACUACGCCUGCCGCUGCCGAGUUCGCGAGCGACUUCAAAAACCGGUUUGUGGUCCACAAUCUGCAGCUGAAAUGGAACAACACGCUCAGGAACAUCAUCCUGCGCUACAUCCACCAGGUCGGCCAGCGCCGGGGUUUUAUGUACUACCUGUCGCGGCCGGCAGUCAAGUUCAUCAUGGAUCUGGUGGACGAGCAGACCAAGUCCAAAGCAGGGAAAGGCGGCAGCUUGAAUGCCACAACCCCCGGCGCCAGCAGCAGCAGCAGCACCACCGCCGACGCGAACGGGUCGGACCACACCAGCGGCAAGGACAUUGAGGAUCGGAUCCGCAGGAUCCUGCAGGACAGCAAGAAGUUCGCAAGCUCCGACGACCCGGACGGCGCGCAUCCGUGCAUGGCCGACCUGUCGAGCGGGAUUGCCGAUGAGUUCACGACGCAGGACAGCUACCACGUCCGCCUGAUCGCGCCGCAGAUCCAGCUGCAGAGCGACAAGAACAAGAAGCACGUGGUCCUCAUGACGUCCAAGGGCAUGGAGCUCAAGGUCGUCCAGGUUCUCGACAAGAGCCGGAUGUCGGAUAACGUCAGCGGCCUUGUCCAGCGGCGCUUCCUCGUCAACAUGGACAGCACGCAGUUCUUCGUCACGCACCAGAAGUGGUUCUCGACGCAGCUGGUGUCCAUGUAUUCCGGCAACCGGUACGGCACCCCGUCGGGCUCGUCGUGGCCGCCCUGGGUUCCGAUGGAGGUCAUGUUCGACUUCAACUCCGACCCCUUCGGCUUCAAGCGCGUCGUGCAGAAGACGUCAGCCCUGCUCCGCUACGACAAGUUCAACACGCUGCGUCUCAAGUACAACGACGACGUCAACACUAGCGAGGCCGCGGGGGCCGCCGUGCAGGACACCAACACCACUGAGAGCCGGACGGACAACAUCUGGGUCGAGUUCCCACAGGCCCACGCCCUGUGCAAUUCGUCGCAGUACUACGCCAUCUACGUCAUCGUCCUCGACCUCCUGAUGUACAGCGAGCCGCUGGAGAAGACGCGGAACGAGAGGCUCGAGAAGAUCAUGCUCGCCUCUGACUUCAGCGACCUGAGGGGCGUCCCCGAGAUGGUCAUCAGGCUCCAGGAGCGCGUCCGGCAGCUCGAGGAGAUCAAGUUGCACUUCCAGAUCCACUCCCGGCAGCUGGACAAGAAGGGCUGGAAAGACCGGCUGGUGCUGGAGCGUGAUCUGGCGGCGUGCGAGGACGAGCUGUUCUUCAUGAUGAAGGCCAUCACCUCGUCGCAGCGGAAGUUCGACAACACCACGAGCAGUGCCCUCCUCAAGUGGAGCCUCAUGGCCAAGGACAUUGUGUGGCAGCUGAUCCGGGACAACAAUGAGCCCCUCGUCGAGCUGCAGCUCAAGGACGUCGAGUACGACCGGAUCGACAAUUCGGACGGAUCGCACAUCAACCUCGUCCAGGUCGGCAAGAUCCUCGGUCUCAACCUGCUUCCGGACGCCAUCUACCCGGUGAUGGUGGCGCCCUACGUCGAGGGCGACCGCGGCGGGUUUGACCCGGCCUCGCAGCCGAUGAUCCGGGUGUACUGGAACAUGCUCGAGGCCAUUGCCGGCAUUCCCGUCAUGGACCACGUCGAGGUGACGCUCUUCCCGCUCAAGAUCCAGCUCGAGCGCGAGAUCGGAAAGAAGCUCUUCGAGUACAUCUUCCCGGGCACCGACGGGGGCAAAGUGGCCGACGGCAAGAACGACUCGCCGUUCAUGAUCAAGCAAUCCCCGCCAGGGGAGGAGGACGACGAGGACGACAGCGAGUCCUUGGAGGAAUCGAUCCGUCUCGGAACGGCCGACCAGGACCCAGAGCAUCUCGGGGUGCCAUUCGCCACGCGAGCCGGGUCUCUCGAGCUCCGUCUGCGGCCAACCCUGACCUCCGACCCGGACGCAGCAGCGUCUAUCCAGCACAAGGCGCUGAGCGUUCACUCGGGCGAAGGCACGUCCUUCCGGCUCUUCCGAUCGGGCACGGGAUUCAAGUCCAUGGCCAAGAAGCGGUCCUAUGACUCGCUGCGCGUGAACACGCCGCGGCCUGGUAUCGGCAGGACGUCGACCGGGUUGUCGUCCAAGGACACCGCCUCCGUGAACAGCGAGGCCAAACAAGGAUCGCGUUUCAGACUGCGGCGCGGGCACGGCGAGGGCGAGAAGGCCAAGCAUUCCGACGACCUCUCCAAGAUGAUGGACCGCGCGUCCAACUACAUGACUUUCGCCUACAUCAAGAUGCCCUCGGUCGUGCUCUGCCUGAGCUACAAGGGCAAAGGCGACCGCAACUUCGAGGACGUGCACGACUUCGUCUUCCGCCUGCCGACCAUCGAGUACCGCAACAAGACGUGGUCCAACCUGGACCUCGCCCUGGCGCUCAAGAGCCGCGUCAUCAAGGCCCUGAUCAGCCACACGGGCGCCAUCAUCGGCAACAAGUUCUCCAAGCACCGCCCCAACACCGCCCAGCAGUCCAAGCUGCGCGAGCUCGCCACCAGCUCCGUCCUCCUCGCUAGUACGACAGCCGGCGCGGAUUCGCCGCGCGACAACAACAGCAGCAACUACAACAACUACAGCACCAGCGGCGACGACUCGUCUUCGCUCUACGGCAACUCGCCCGUCGACUUCUCCCGCUCUCCGCCCCAGUCCAUCCGCCGCUCCAACACGUCCUCCAUCCCCCUCCCGCCGCACCGCCCCAGCAGCAGGGCCUCCAGCGUCGCGUCGUCCAUGCGCUCCCAACGCUCCGGCGCCAGCCACGUCACGGUCCAGACACAGGCUUCGGGUGCGGUGCCCAGUUUCCUGAUGCCGCCUUCUACGGCUACCUCGUCGUCGUCGUCGUCUGAGAACAAGACUAGCGGCGGUGGUGGCGGUGGUGGGUUUGGCAAUCUGCUCAGGCCGACCUCGAGUGGCGGCUGGUCUCGGCCAUGGAGCAGCGGCGGCGAGACGAGCAGGCCGGGUAGCAGCGGCGGCGGCCUGAGCACGUCGUCGCCGCGGCGGUCGAAUACGAGUAUUUAUACCGGUAACAAUAAUCAUAAUCAUCAUCAUCCUCAUCCUCAUCCUCAUCCUCAUCAUCAGGAUGUGGAGGUGGGUGUCACUACGACUAUCAGCAGUACUACUAGUAGUAGUAGUCCGGAGCGGAAGCGGAUUGUGGGGAUAGGCAGGGCCGGGUUCAGAGAGAAGAUCAAUGCGCUGGCGAGUCGGUUGGGCGCGAGGGAGAAUACCGCUGUGCAGCGGGCUGGUGCUGCUGGUGGUGGUGGUGGUGGUAAUAUUGGUGAGAACGAGGAGGAGGACGACGACGAAGAGGAGGGCUAUGGCACGCUGAGGAGGAUAACUAAGCUCCCUCUAACCGACAAGCUGGUCGACCGCCAGCGCGAUGCGCUCUUCAACUACACAGCGGAUAGCCAAGUCGAGAUCAACAGGGCCCGGCCGUGGAUGACCGACCCCCACUACUUCAAAACUGUCCGCAUCUCCCCGGUCGCGCUCAUCAAGAUGGUCAUGCACGCCCGCUCCGGCGGGUCGCUCGAGGUGAUGGGCAUCAUGCAGGGCUACCUGGACGGCACGGCCCUGGUCGUCACCGACGCCUUCCGCCUACCCGUCGAGGGCACCGAGACCCGCGUCAACGCGCAGGCCGAGGCCGACGAGUACCUGAUCCAGUACCUCGAAAGCUGCCGCGCCGAGUCCCGUCAGGAGAACGUCGUCGGCUGGUAUCACUCGCACCCGGGCUACGGCUGCUGGCUCUCGGGCAUCGACGUCGAGACCCAGAAGCUGCAGCAGAAACAGGGGCCUAUGGUCGCCGUCGUCAUCGACCCGGACCGCACGGUCUCUGCCAACAAGGUCGAGAUCGGCGCCUUCCGCACGUACCCGGACGAUUACCAACCCCCUGCUUCUUCUUCCACCACUACUACUACAAAUACUACGCACGGCGGAGGCGGAGGCGGAAGCCAAAGCCAGAGCGUGCCCCUGGCCAAGGUGGAAGACUUUGGCGCCCACGCGAGCAAGUACUACGCGCUCGAGGUCGAGCACUACCGCAGCUCACUCGACGGCAAGCUGCUCGAGCUGCUGUGGAACAAGUACUGGGUGCAGACGCUAGCCCAGAACCCGCUGCUGAGCAACCGCGACUAUGCCAGCAGCCGCAUGUGCGACGUCGCCCAGCGCGUGCUGGACGCCGCCGCGGGCGUGUCGCGGUCCGGCGGGAAAGCCGCGUCUUCGGCGGCUGCCGUGGCGGCUUUGAUGGAUGGUGUUACUGGUGGUGGUGGUCACGGCGGUCAUGGUGGUAGUAGUAGUAGUAGUGGGUUGAGGGUCCAUGGGGAUGGUGGUGGUGGUGGUGGUGGUGGGAGGGGAGGAGGAGGUGCAGCUGGUGGUGGUGUUGGUAGUCUGAAGGCAGCAGCGGGUGAUCAGGUCAUCGAGAAGCUUGUGCAGGAUGUUGGGCAGAUUGCGGCUAAGGAGAGGGCUGGGCUGAUGGCGGCGGAGGUGAAGGCGCAGAUAUUCAGUAGUGUUAGUUCCUAA